CUGUACUUGCUGGCAUGUAGAAUGAGGAGGGAUCCAUUGAAACCUAGUAAAUGUUUAAAAGUCUGAAUGGAGUUGAAGUGGGAAGGAUAUUUCCUAUUGUGGCUGAGUCUAGGAUGAGAGGGCAAUACCUCUGAGUGGAGGAACGUCCAAUUUGAAGAGAUGAGGAGGAAUUUCUUUAGCUGGAGGGUGGUGAAUCUGUGGAAUUCACAGCUGUUGGAGGCCGUCAUUGGGUAUAUUUAAAGUGAAGCUUUAUAGGUUCUUAAUUAGCCAGGACGUCAAAGAUUACGGGGAGUAGGCAGGAGAAUGGGAUUGAAAAGCAGAAUAAAUCAGGUUUAAUGGAAUGAUGGAGCAGACAUGGUUGGCCGAAUUCCGCUCCUACGUUUUAUGUCAAUCCGACCUACUAUUUAUUCAGGGUUUCCGGCAGCUGCCCUAUUUCAGUUUGGUCGCGCUGGAGGCGAGAAGCAGAAGCGUUUCCGCCGGACGUUUGAGAGUGUGACGCCAGUCCCGGCGGUCCUUUCAGCCCGGGUAGUUCCUUUCCUAGCAACCAUGGAGCCGCGGCUGGUGGUGGACUUGUUGCUGCGCCUCGGCCCCGAACUGCCGAUGAUGCUGCCCGAGCUGUGCCGGUGGUGCUGGGAGGCGGAACUGGACGCUGGCCGGGUGGAGACUCUGCGCCUCCUUCUGGAGGAGCUGGAGGCCCGAAGCGUCGGGCUGGACUGGCAUAACCUUCGAGGACUUGCCGAGGAACGGUGCUUGCCGCUGCUGCGUAUCGUACGGCUGGAGGAGCCGGCCGACCGCCGUCUAGGCCUUGCGGUCUGCCGCUUACUGCUGACCUGCUGUCGGCUAGUUCCGCCUGAGCUAUUGCAGCAGGUGGUUGCCUCUUGUUUACGGGAGUUGCGAACUUACACCGAGCAGCGGAGCGGGUCCACCGCCUCCUCCCCCUCCCCGGGCACUGAGUACUCUGACAUUCACGUCGUUGUCGAGAUGCUGGUGAAUCUGUGGCCUCUCGUGUUGGAGCGGGAGCCGGACAAUGGAGAGCUGCUGCCUCUCGCUCUGACCACUGUGAGGGUCGGCGAGGACAGCGUGGCGGCCAGGGUGGCCACCCGGCUCAUCUCAACUCUCCUAGAGCAGGAGAGGGUGUCCAUGAGGGAUAUCUGGGACGGCGUGAGACGGUGGGAGUGGUCUGGCAACGUUUCCAGACUCCUGCUGCUGCUCACUUCGCUCUCGCCGGCCGGUAAUCUCGACCUCCGGACGUGCAUUGAAUUUUGGAAAGUGUUGCAAGCAGGACUGGUAGACACGAAUAACACGACUCGCAAAAGAGCCUUGUAUCUGUUGAAAAGGGCUGUGGAUAUUUUUGGGGCACUGGAAAGAGACUUCGCCUUGGAAUUUCAGAACGAACACGAUUCAUGUCCUUUCUGGUGGUUGGGUGAAAAAAGCAAACAGCUUGUACAAUUAUGGGAAAAUUAUAUUUUAAUUAUGGAAACAUUGGAAGAAAAUCAAGUGCAUGUUAUAAGACCAAUUUUGCCACGCCUUAGGAGCCUAAUGGAUGCCAUGGUUUAUGACGGAAAAGGUAAUUUGCUUUUCCACCCAUCUUGGCUCCUUUGUGCCUAUAAACGCAUGUUUGAAAGUGAAAACAAAACUGUGAUGAAAGAAGGUCUGUUUCAUUUCCUGGAUCUUAAUAUCAUGAAAUAUUCAAUCAGAACUCAAGAACUGUCUGAUUUUAUCUGUGGGCCAGUGAUGAAUGCUCUUUCAGAAAGUGCACUCUACAGCAGAUCUCCUGAUCAGAUCAUUGGCAGCUGUCCUGUUUUAGCAGUAAAGUUAAAGGCGUUUCUUGUUGAUUAUGUGGAAAAUAUACCUGGGGAGUUCAAAGGAGACUUCCUCACGAAGUUGAUUAAGAGCGUGGCCACCAAGCACUGGUGUGCCAUCCCCAUUCUUUUCAUCUCUCAAGCUCUGGAGCACAUCCCAUCUUGCAAAAUCUGGGGAGUAGAAGGGCUUCGUGCUCUUCGGGAAGUAUUGCGUUGUACUCUGACCAAUCAUCAAGUAUUGCUGCGAGGAGCGGCUCAGUGUUGCUUUCUAAAAGUGGCUAUGCAUCUGACUAAUGUGGAACUGGUGACGCUCUCUGACAUUUCAAACUUCCUGGCAUCCAUUCGAACUGAAGAGGCUUUAUCUCGGGGGACAAAAUUGUGGAUGGAGGUGUGCGAGUGGCUGUACAGCAAUGACGGGAGUUUCAGGCGUGAAGACAGUGCCACUGACGAGAAUCUAAAGCCAUCUGUGCUAGGAACCUAUGUUUAUAAUCUGGUAGAACAGUACAUGAAGGUCCCAGUGUCUGAUGGGGAAAAGGACAGUUACCUGCCGGACUGGUUUGAGGCCCAGCUUGUUGCUCGAAUGAUUCUCCUUGCUGCUGACGUUGAAGAGCAUCAUUGUGCUGAAGGUGCUAUAUACGCUCGGGAUCAGAAUGCCUUGGCUUGUUUCUUACAACCCCUUCUGGAUACCUUAGCCAAAUUGAAUGCUCAUGCUUACCUACCUUUACUGAAAGCAGACAAGAGCUUGCAACUAUUGCUGAAAUUGUUGGAGAUGUCCGUACCAAAGCACAAUACAACAACAUCAGAAGAUAGGGUCCUGAAUGAUUUGCAAAGUUGUGUCAUGUCUACAGUGGAGCAAGUUUUAGAGUACAUGCAGAGGAGGUUGACAAGUGAAUUACAAACAGUUCUGGAUCUUGAUAGGUAUAGCCUGUACCUUGCUGUGCUGAGUGAGGUAGUGAAGGUGCUUUCAGUGGAUAACCCAAGGAGAGGGUCCUGGAUGAGGAGUUUCAUCUCUUCUCUGACACAGGCUUCAAUUCGACAUCUGCAGGCUGCAAAUGACGACAAGAUCCUAAAGCUCAAGAGACAAAUCCAGAUGGUGGUUGCUCAAGCCUCUUUAGCUUGGGUUUCCAGGAUGACUGCCCAGUAUCCAGAGCUGCACCUUGACUCCCUUGAUGUAGUCAAGACGCUAGGAAAAUUGGUCUUGAUUAACCCUUUCAACCAUAAGCUUGAGAAGCCUUACUGCAGCAACAAAAACAAUGGACUUUUAGAGGAUGGAUCUUCAGCUCAAGGCUGGGGGAAAAUAUCUGCACAGUAUGUCCAUGACCAAUGGGUCUGUAUUUAUUUUACCUUGAACAAAUCUCUUCCAUUGCCUGAGAGUGCAGCCAAGAAGAGUGGUGAAGUUUCUUCACAUACUGUAGAAAAUGCAACACCCACACUCCACGCCUGUAUUGAAGCUCUGAACAUAGUUCCAGCAGACCAAGUACUUCCCGUGUUGCAGUGCAUGAAGAUUCUUGUCAGCAAGCUCUCUAGGUCUGAAGAGUCUCUGUGUGUGAAGUCUCUUGACCUAGCUUGGAAGGCAGUGGUGGAUCUGAACAACAACCAGCUAUGUUUUUGGCCUACUUUAAGUGCUUUCGUACAGAUUGCCUUUGACCAUCAACUACUUGCAAUAGUGGAGGAAUGUCCUAUUCAACUGAAAGUGAAGGAGAUUAUAAGCAAAUUGCUUAAAAUUUCAGAAACCAAAACUGGAGUCUUCAAUAUGUUAAUUACUCAUUGCUGUCAAAUCUGGUUACCUUCCGGUUCUGCAUCCAGUGAUUCCCACCAGGAUUCUUUCAUGAGCGCUGAAAACCAUAUGGAUCUCUUUGUGGAAGCUUGCUUAUUCGGACCCAUUUUUAGGAAGGAUCAAAGGCUUAUCCAAGAUGUACACACCUACAUAGAACUACUGGGAGAUGAUUGUGCAGCCAACAAGGCAACUGAAAGUGAAAACCGUGAUGAUCAAUCUGUGCGAAUUUUGGCCAUCAGUUUUCUCUGUCGAUUGAAUAGAUCAAAUUUACUGCAUAAAAAGUUUAUGGAGAAUCUGUUCAUCAAACUUCUUGAGAAGGACGAAGAGCUGAGGAACACCAAAGGUCGCUAUUAUGUGAACUCCAUGAUGCAUCGACUAAAGAACAGAAUUUGGCAGACACUCCUUGUGCUCCUUCCUCAAAUGGACCAGGUGUUUCUCAGUGCCACUGUUCAAACUGUCUUCAGAUCUGCUUUGAGUGAUAAUCAGGCAUCUGUAAAAUACUUGAUCGAAUGGUUCAUCAUCUUAUUCAUGCAAAAGUGCCCAGAGCUUAUUGAUUCUUUCUGGAGAUUCUUCAGCUACAAUCCUGAAAAUUCAAAAACUAGUAUCUGCACCUUCCUGGCUACAUUGGUUCAUAUUGACACAAUGCUUAAGAAUAUUUCACAGAAGGGCCAAUAUAUGAAGAAGGCACUGAGUGUAAUACUGCCCUGGGGUCUGAACCACAAUUUCAGCGUGCGCCUGUAUGCUCUCCUUGCUUUACAAAAGGUUUGGGAAGCCUGUCUACUGUUUGAAGUGGAAGGUGAAGAAUUGAAAUUUUUGGAACCAAUAAUUGAAUCCUACCUGGAGCAAAUUGGACAGAAACAAACUACAGGGAAUGCUGGAAGGAACUGGCAGAGAAUUCAAGACCAUUUCUUUUUUAGAAAAUUCCAACCUGUGGAAGACUACAGUUUAGAGACAAUAUUUUAUACCUUUCCAAGCUUAUCAGGUGUGAUAGAAGAUGAAUGGAUCCCUGCCUGGAAGUUCAGCCGAAUUAUGGAUCAUAAUUCCUCCAGCUCUUCAAUUAAUGUGUUCAAUUUAAGAAAUCAGCUUCGCAAUAUGAAAUCCACAGACUGGGUUCAACAAGACAAAGGUUGUUGCCUAUCUGACCUGGAUCAAGUUGCUGAAUGGACAGAUGUACAAAAGAAGAUAAUGCCUUGGAAAACUAGCAUCCCAGACCAAGAUGUGGAGUUGCUCCAUCAGGAGAGAGCCGCCACACCAGGAAGGUCAUCUGGCAAUGGCCUGAUUGUAGUGGCAUCUCUAAUUGAUAAGACAACUAACCUGGGAGGUUUGUGUCGAACGAGUGAGAUAUUCGGGGCCUCUGCACUGGUGGUGAGCAACUUGCAUUGUGUGAAUGACAAGCAGUUUCAAGCCCUUAGUGUUUCUGCAGAACAGUGGCUAACCGUCAUCGAGGUGAGACCCGAUCAGCUGAUUGACUACCUGCAGCAAAAGAAAACCGAAGGGCACACCAUCAUUGGAGUGGAACAGACGGCCAACAGCCAGGAUCUUGCUCACUAUUGUUUCCCAGAUAAGACCGUGUUGUUGCUGGGGAACGAACGGGAGGGAAUUCCAGCCAAUUUGAUCCAGCACCUGGAUAUAUGUGUGGAAAUUCCACAGUAUGGGAUCAUCCGGUCGCUCAAUGUCCAUGUGAGUGGAGCUUUGCUCAUGUGGGAGUACAAACGGCAACAGAUGAUGAAGCAGUGUGCGAGGCCAUAGAAUUGCCAAUGUACAGAUGUGAAAAUUAAGAGAGCCACCUCUUGUUAAUACACCUUUUGCCACAUACAGUAAAUCAAUAAUUCUGUGCUGCUGUCAAAGCACAGCUAUGGAUAAAGCCUCUAAUUCCCUGGAAGAUCUGGUGAAAAUAGUGUUUGUCAAAAACUGGCAGCAGACAAUGAUGCUGAUAAACACUUGGCUGCUUUGGACCUGAUUGGACAUCUUGUGUCUUUUUGACAUUUAUGUACAAAUAAGAAUAUGUCUAUUUUUUGUUAAUACAUACAGCAUUUCUUCUUGAACAAGAACUUGGGAACAAUAGUGAACUGCUCAACCAAUUGC